AUGAGUGACUUUUCAAAUUUAGAUAAGACAAAAAAGCUUGCAAAUAGUAAUAAUCCUGAAGCAGGUAUUGAAGAUGAUUAUGAUAAAGCAACUUUAAUUGAUGAUGAUGAUGCAAACUUACCUGAUCUUAAUCCAUCCCAUAUGAUAUAUAUACCUGGAGAAAGUACAUUAACUCAUGAUGGGUCAACUCUAAUAGAUGGAGAAGAGGGUUCUAGCUCAAAAAAUGGUGGUUUAUCACAUAGCCACAGAAACCAUUUGAAUGCAUCUUUGCAACAGUUAAAAUAUAAUGAGAACAAGAUAUCAUUAGAUAGGUCUAUCAACCAAACUAUCGACUUAAUUUAUGAGGUUACAAAUGAAAAUAAAGAGAGACCUAUUUUCUAUCCAACUGAGAUUGAAGACGAUGCAAACAUCAUGUUGAAUUCCGCGAAAGCUCAUUUGGCUUUGGUUCGUCAGAACAGUUCUGUGAAGACGUUAGAUAAAGCAAAAAUCGCCAAAGAGGAUGAAGAAGUUGUUAAGGAUUUGCCAGAGUUUAAAAUUUUAAAGAUUAAUCUCAAGUUUGGCCAUAAUGAUAAUAAUAAUUCUAUUUCAAGUUUAGAUAAAAAAUCAAUUGCAAAGUUAUUGGAGAAAAAGUUACAGCAGCAAGUUAAAUAUUUGUUGAAAUUGAAGGAUAGAAUCGAUGACACUACUUCAAAGGUUUUUGUUACCGGGGAUUUGAAUGCCGGUAAAUCCACCUUUUGUAAUGCUUUAUUGAGAAGAAAAAUCUUACCUGAAGAUCAACAACCCUGUACAUCUGUAUUUUGUGAGGUUAUUGAUGCUUCAAAAGAAAACAACAGUAUUGAAGAAGUACAUGCUGUACCAAUAGGAAAGGAGUACAACAUCCGUGAUGAAACUACAUACGAAGUGUACCCAUUGAAAACCUUGGAAGAAUUAGUCUACGAUUGUGAUCGAUUUAGCUUAUUGAAGGUAUAUGUGUUAGAUCAUCGUAGUUUCCAAGAAAGUUUAUUACAUAAUGGUGUGAUUGACAUUAAAUUGAUUGAUGCACCAGGUUUAAACAUGGAUCUGUACCAAACAACUCAGGUGUUUUCUAGACAAGAAGAAAUUGAUUUGGUUGUAUUUGUUGUGAGUGCUGAGAACCAUUUCACUUUAUCUGCCAAAGAGUUUAUUGCUGCUGCUGCCAACGAAAAGCGUUACGUUUUCAUUGUGGUUAAUAAGUUUGAUCAUAUUAAAGAUAAGGAGAAAUGUAAACGUAGAAUUUUGGACCAAAUUAAAAGUUUGUCUCCAGAGACAUAUAAAGAUGCGCAGGAAUUUGUUCAUUUCGUCAGUUCUUCUGAUGUAAUGGACGGUGAUGAUGGCGGGGAUGGUGAUGAUGAUGAUGACAAUCCGGAUGAUAAUAACAAUAACGAUCACCCUGAUUUUGAUCAACUUGACGCUUCUUUAAGGAAGUUUAUUUUAGAAAAGAGGUCUAUUUCCAAGCUAUUACCAGCAAAGGAUUACUUGCUCAACAUGUUACAUGAUCUACUGACAUUAUCAAAAGUCAACGAAAGGAUCUACGAUGACGAAAAAAAAGCUAAAUUAGAAGAAUUGAACAGUCAAGUAGCUCCAAAGUAUAACGAUAUGGUAUCCAAGUCCUCGCGUAUUAACGAUUCUAUCAAUGCUUUAAUUGAAACUACUUGUACUCAAGCCUACAAUGAAGCAAGUAAAGAAAUUAUAACUACCGUCAAUAACCUUGGUGAUAAGCCUAUUGUCAAGUAUGGUGGACUUCAGUACUUGUUCGAGUAUGCUAAAGAAACUCAAUUGGCAAUGAUUGAUACCAUAUUAGAGUCUGUUGCAAGAAGUGAAGAAGUAGCCAAGAAAUUAACAUCUGAAAGAGUGGAAGAGAUCAUCAAGUACGGUAAGGAAACACUUGGGGAAGAGUUUUUGAAUGAUAAAGUUUUCAAUUCGGAUUUGAUGUUCUCAAGAAAGAAGGAUACCAUUGGUAAAUCAAUUGAUGAUACUAUUGAAAUACAGGAUUUCUUUGAUCCCUCAAUUGAAUCGUUUUUGGUGUUUGUUGGAUUGCCAGAAAAAAUGGUCAAUUCUGCCAAAUAUCAAAUAUCAUACUUCAAUCCAUUGGGAGUUUUAACUUCAAUACCUAAGAAUGCUAUCACUGUAAAAGAUCAAUUGCCAACCCAAAUAACUUUGCAUACCCUUUAUUCCUCUGGAAAAAUCUUAACUACAGGUGCAUUGGUUCAUAAAAUGUACCAAUUUUCACAAUACAUAACCCCAUCAAUGGUUAAGAAAAUUGCCCUCCCUAUAGUUAUCGGGGUUUCUGGUAUUACUAUUUACUACCUCAUUAGUGAUAUUCCAAAUGCAUUACCAAGAAAACAAGCAAGGAAGAUUAAGAAACAAAUUGGUCGAUUGGACUAUGCCCAUCAAAAUUCUACAAGAAUUGCUCGCGAAUGUCGACAAGUCUUGAAUUAUCCAUCUAGACAAGUUAUGAAUAAUUUCCAAACCAGUAUUGAUAAAAGAAAUAAUGAAAAGGCAAAAUUAGAAAAGAUUAUUAAAGAUGCUGAAAUAAGUUCUGGUUUCUUCAAACAUUUAUUUACAAAGAUUCAUGUUCAACAAGAAUCCUUGGAGAAAGUUGAAUUAUUUUAA